ACAUACUUAUAUGACCCAGCCCUAUCUUUCAUGCUGUCUCCUCACAAAUAAACCUGGAAGGGUGUGUUUGGGAGGCUUCCUCGGCAGAGGAGAAAGGUGGACGUAAAUGGAGUUCCCUCUCACUGAAGCUCCUGGUGGAGCUGCAAGUGUAGAGGAACCAGCAGCCCUCCCACCCGGUCGUUUGGGGUCUCUCACAGAGGAAAUAGAGCCGGUAGAAAUACAAUCGUGUGCCGAUGACAGGAGUCAACCAAUAGAAACUACAGAUUGCCAGGUACCAUACUCAUAUGAUAGUUCUUCAUCAUCCUCAGACAGUGAGGAUGAAGGCAAGAAGGAAAAGAAGAAGAAGAAACUAAAGAAGAGGAAGAAGAAAAAGAAGGAUUCCAGUUCUUCAUCUUCCUCCUCUUCCUCAUCGUCCAGCAGCUCUUCAGACAGUGAUAGUGAGGAUGACAAGAAAAAGAAAAAGAAGAAGAAGAAAAAGGAGAAGACGAAGAAAAAAGUGGUGCCUGAGUACAUGUGGGACAGGUUGAUCAUAGCACCGACUGAUGAACACAUGCAACUUCCUGGGGACCCGGAGUUAAAGCGGGUUUCUGAUGAGGACAAUGACAGGAAAGAGAAGGAUAAGAUGAAAAAGAACAAGGAUUCCUCUUCAUCUGACAGCUCAGACAGCGAUGAAAAGAAGAAGAAAAAGAAGGACAAGAAGAAGAAAAAAGACAAAAAGAAGAAAAAGAAGAAAGACAAAAAGGAUUCCUCAUCCUCGUCAUCUGACAGUUCUUCCUCUGAUAGUGAUGAUGAAAAGAAAAAGAAGAAGAAAAAGAAAAAGAAGAAGAAGAAAAAGAAGGAUUCCAGUUCCUCCUCUUCCUCCUCCUCCUCUUCUUCUUCCUCCUCUUCUUCCUCCUCCUCUUCUUCCUCCUCUUCCUCCUCCUCUGACAGUGAUGACAAGAAAAAGAAAAAGAAGAAAAAGAAAAAAAAGGAAAAGGAUGAAGCGCAAGAAUCACUUUUAUCAGCAGCAGGAGUUGAAGAUGCGUCGAAAGAUAACAUUUAUGAUGACAAGUAUAAAGCAGCAGAAGAUCCGUCUAUAACUUCCCUACCGGGUGCGGCGUUCCCGGGUGGUAUCGAGGAAGGCCACCUAAGUGAUGAUGAGGGAGAGGGAGAGGAUGGGUUGGAGCCAAAGAAAAAAAAGCAGCUGAAGAAGAAGAAGCAAAAGGAUUCUGGUUCAUCUUCGGACAGUGAUGAUGAUGAAAAAGACAAGAAGAAAAAGAAAAAGAAGAAGAAGAAGAAGAAGAAGAAAAAGAAGGAUUCUUCCAGCUCCUCCUCUUCUUCGUCUUCUGAUAGCUCUUCCUCAGAAAGUGAUGAUGACAAAAAGAAGAAAAAGAAGAAGAAAAAGAAGAAGAAGAAAAAGAAGGAUUCUUCCUCAUCUAGUGAUUCUUCUAGUGAUGAUGAGAAAAAGAAGAAAAAGAAGAAAAAGGACAAGAAGAAAAAGAAGGACAAGAAAAAACACUCAGAUUGUUCUGGUAGUGAUGAGAAGAAAAAGAAGAAAGACAAGAAGAAGAAAAAGAAGAAGGACAAGAAGAAGAAAAAGGAUUCAAGCUCCAGUUCUUCAAGUUCCAGUUCUUCUAGUUCCAGUUCCUCAAGUUCCAGCGGCAGUGACAAGGAAAACAAAAAGGCCAAAAAAGACAAGAAGAAAAAAGAGAAGAAAAUUCCUGGUGCUGAGCAAAGCGCCAAUCCACAAAUACCACCAGAGCCAGGUGCGAGUGGAUCCUCGGCAUUUAGCAGAACCAUUAAGCCCGGUGGCGCUCCCGUCAUCACUUAUCCAUUGCUUCCCUCCAAACCCCUUGUAAAUCCUCUGGCUCCCCCUCUCUCCAAUCCACCCGUGACCACAACUGCCGGCGGAGAUCGGCCACCCAUUCGCAGACCCUUAAGCCCCAUGGAGUCAUUGAUGGGGAGUACGUACCGAUUUAGGGACGCAGGGACCCGUUCCACCCCGCACUUCAACGCCACUGAUCUAUACAGAAGGAGGUCUUACAAGUGAUGAAAUGUCAAAACAAUUCAAUCAAAGGAAAUGUGGAUUUGGUGAGGAAUGAUUGUGUCGUUGGAAAAAAAAGAUGAUUUUUAUGUAAGGGAUAAUUGCCUCAGGGAAUAAAACAACAACAUUGUA